AAAAUCUAUCUCAGAGAAAGAAGCAAUAAGUCAACAAGGUGCAUUCUUAAUGAUACACAACAUCACACGUUACUGCAGUGGGGCGUAUGAAUGCGAAGCGUAUAACGGAAUAGGACCAGCAGUCUCUAAAGUGUUUUCUGUCAACGUACAUUUUCAACCAGAAGUGCAAGUAUUGAAUAAGAAACAAAAGCAAGAUUUGGGGAAGGAAACUAUAUUACAGUGUGAAAUAUCAGCAUCGCCUCAAGCUAUAGUAAACUGGAGGAAGGGAGAAGACGUUUUCACAGCCAACAGCUUCCACAGAAUAACGUCAGAGAUUUAUGAAAAAGAUAUUUACACCACUAUUCUCCUUCUUCGAAUUCAGAAUCUAACGUGGAAUGAUUUUGGAGAGUACGUUUGCGAGGCCAGUAAUAUUCUCGGAAGAGAUCUAGAAAGAAUGCAACUCUUUCCAAUAAAUGGUAUUCAAGUUUCACCAAAGGCAGCCAAAGAUGACAAAAGUGAUUCAAAGACGAUAAUAUUCGACUUUAGCUCGAGUUCCACCAGUCAUCAGAAGUCAGCGCCUUCUCCUGGAGAACAGAUCCUUGUUAAAUCCCCAAAUUCAAAACCAUAUGGAAUAGUACACGAUUCCUCAAAUAGUUCAUCAGAAGCAGAUGCGAUGUUCCAUUUUUUUGAAU